AUGGCCACCACCAUUGUCAACCAAGACAUGGGUCACUCCAGCUCCGGCGAUGUGACACCUAUCCGCGAGAAGACUGAUAUCGCAUACAUCGAGAAGGCUGAGGUUGAUGCCGUUAGCAACGACAUUCCAUAUAUCGAUCCUGAGAAGCAGCGAAAGCUGGUUCGCAAGAUCGACUGGCAUGUCUUGCCCCUGGUCAUGCUGCUCUACCUCAACUCCUUCAUCGAUCGAGUCAACAUUGGUAAUGCUCGUCUCUACGGCCUUGAAGCGGAUCUUGGUAUGCAAGGCAACCAGUUCCAGAUCGCCGUGUCGAUCCUCUUCGUCACAUAUGUUAUCUUCGAACUUCCUAGCAACUUGGUCAUGAAGAAAUACGUUCGUCCAUCGAGAUGGAUUGCUUCUAUCACAAUGGGUUGGGGUCUGGUUGCCACAUUCUCUGGCUUCACUCAGUCGUACGCGGGACUUCUUGUCUGCAGACUUCUUCUCGGAGCCACAGAAGCUGGUCUGUUCCCCGGCAUGGUGGUGUACUUGACCUUCUUCUACACCAAGAACGAACUCGCGCUCCGAACAGCAUACCUCUUCGUCUCAGCAGCCAUUGCUGGUUCCAUCGGAGGUCUUCUCGCUUACGGAAUCGGUUUCAUGGAUGGGCUGGCUGGAUACUCUGGCUGGAGAUGGAUCUUGAUCAUCGAAGGUAUCCCAACGAUCAUCCUCGCCGUUGUCUGCUGGUUCUAUCUCGCCGAUGACGCCAACAAUGCCUACUUCUUGAACGCGGAGGAGCGCGAACUGGUUGGUCUUCGCCAGAAGGCUCAGACCGGCGUCACGGAACACUUCGACUGGGCAGAUUCCCGGAAGGCUCUCAUGGACUGGAAGACCUACGCAUUCUCUGUUUCACAAUUCGUGAAUGCCUGCAUGCUUUACUCAUACAGCACCUUCUUGCCCACCAUUAUCCUUCAAAUCAUGCCAGAUGCCGGCCGCGCAAUCACGCAGCUCCUCACAAUGCCUUGCUACUUCGCAGGAGCCCUGACAUACGUGUGCCUGGCCUGGCUGUCCGACAAGCUGCAACUUCGUGGUCCCAUCGCAGCCUCCGCUGGCGCCGUCUCAGUCAUCGGCUACGGAGUUCUUCUCAGCAACGGCGCCCCAGGCGUCCUUUACUUCGGCUGCUUCCUCGUAGCAACCGGUAUCUACGUCGCUCUCGGUCUCAACAUCGCCUGGCUCAACACCAACAACCCUCGCUAUGGCAAGCGUACAACCGCAUCCGGCACACAAAUCAUGCUGGGAAAUAUCGCGGGAACUGUAGCUCCUUUCUUGUACCCAACUCAGGACAAGCCACGCUUCAUCAAGGGCCACUCCAUCAACUUAUCUUUGGUCGCUCUUGGUGUGAUAGUCUUCGCGUCACUUCACCUUUACUUCUCUUGGGAGAACAAGCAGAGAAAGGCAGGCAAGCGCGACCACAAGAUGGAAGGCAAGACUGAGGAGGAGAUUCUUGCUAUGGGCGAUGAGAAUCCAAGAUUCAUGUAUACGAUUUAG